ACACACACACACACACGGGAGAGAGUUAUUUUACUGAUAGCCUGGAGAUGCAUUUCCAUGAAUAUUUAUUGAUUUAUUUUCCAGACUCAGCAGGGGAGCUGCAAAUAAAUUUAGUGCAUUCUUUAAAUAAUUCCUUUUCUAUGAGGCAAGAUGUCAUCUGAAACUUCUAAAUAGGCAUUUAAUUAGCCCGGGUGUUGCUUCCGAACAAAAACCCCCGGUAAGAGCUUUGGUUGCACACUGUAUUGCAAAGAGGCGGUCGAUAUGCAGAAUUGAUGCGCUAGGGCCUUUGUUGCCGGCCCAUUGUGCUGGCCAUGCUUAUGAAGACUAAUCCAAUCAUAAAUUGCACCUCUGCGCCAAUCAGAGAGCUCAGAGCCUCCAACGAAUGAAGCUUGAGUGGAGAACUUUGUUGAACUUCAUUGUCAAAGCUGUCACUUUUCAAAGCGCGUUAGCAAGCGAGCCACUAUAAAACCAUCACCUCGACGGGAGGACUACGGAGGACUCGCAGACGCCCAAGUGGGAUCCUUACUUGAAGACAUUUGCUAAGCCCAAGAGAGGGCUCCUCGGGAACGGGAGGGGCGGGACGCGAGGCUUUUACCCUCCGGCCACUGGAAGAAGGGUUAUUUCUCCCGCCCCACACCUACCAUGAUGUUCCCGGGGCUCCUCGCGCCCCCGGCGGGGUAUCCUAGCCUCCUGCGGCCCACGCCCACCCUGACACUGCCCCAGUCCCUUCAAUCGGCAUUUUCGGGGCACACUAGCUUCCUAGUGGAAGAUCUGAUCCGCAUCAGCCGGCCCCCCGCCUACCUGCCCCGCAGCGUGCCCACAGCUAGCAUGUCCCCGCCCAGGCAAGGGGCCCCAGCAGCGGUUCCUGACUCUGGGACUUCGGACCUGGGCUCCCCGGGUCCCGGCAGCCGGAGGGGCAGUUCUCCGCAGACUACCCUCUCCCCUGCCAGCGAGCCCACGUUUCUGAAGUUUGGGGUGAAUGCCAUCCUCUCCUCGGCGCCCAGAACAGAGACAUCCCCCACUUUGCUCCAGAGCCUCCCUCCCAAGACGUUCGCCUUUCCCUACUUUGAAGGCUCCUUCCAACCUUUCAUCAGAUCUUCUUAUUUCCCAGCGUCCUCUAGCGUCGUGCCUAUCCCCGGGACCUUCUCCUGGCCGCUGGCGGCUCGAGGAAAGCCUCGCAGGGGCAUGCUGCGCCGAGCCGUGUUCUCCGACGUGCAGCGCAAGGCGCUCGAGAAGAUGUUCCAGAAGCAGAAGUACAUUAGCAAGCCUGACCGCAAGAAGCUGGCGGCCAAGUUGGGCUUGAAGGACUCGCAGGUGAAAAUCUGGUUCCAGAACCGACGCAUGAAAUGGAGGAACUCCAAGGAACGCGAACUCCUAUCUAGCGGAGGCUGCCGUGAGCAGACCCUUCCCACCAAACUCAAUCCGCACCCGGACCUCAGCGACGUGGGCCAGAAGAGCCACGGGGACGACGAGGAGGAGGACGAGCGCCCUGGCAGCCCCCGUCACCGCCUGGCCUAUCACGUGCCUCCCGACCCCCGGCAUGUGCGGGAUCCGCGGCUCCAAGGGCCACUGCCGGCUUCCCCAGCGCACUCUACUAGCCCUGGCAAACCUUCGGACUUCUCAGACUCCGAGGAGGAUGAGGAGGUUGAGGAGGAAGAGGAAAUCACCGUGUCCUAGAAUUGCCCCCUCUCGCCCCCAUCCGUGUACCGUUUCUAAGUGCUUUGAAAUUGAAGAGGUGGGAUCCUAUCUGCCUGCAACGCUGUGGCCCGGGCUGCAGAACCAUCACCUCAUCCGGGUGCUACUGCUCCUUCUGUUGUCCCAAAGAGACAUUUCCUUCCUCUACACCACCUCCAAACAGCGUCCCCACAGAAAUUCAGAUCCCAGUCUUAACUUUUCUACAGGGCGUAACAAGAAAGUUGACUUUUCAUAACAUCUUGCUUAUCCAAUACUGGAGGGAGGUGAGGUUUCCAAUUCACUCCACAGCCUGGAGUGAAUUGGAGUGAAUUGUGAACCCAGCCUUGCUGCUCUUUAGCUACCCAGCCCUAUGCAGUAGGAAAUCUUUUUAUAAAAGAGGAAACUGAGUUAGGGGUCCAAACACCAAGCACAUGACUAAUUCCAAGAUCCCCUCACUUCUCUGUGCUAAGUAGCAAGGGCCUCCAAUCCUCCUGAAGGGGCAUGACCCCCACUCCCACCACUCUUCCCUUAAUAGUUUUCUUAGAAAGCACAAGAAUUUCAAAAAAGAAUGUGCCUCUGACUAAGGGAAAUGAAAAUACUGAGUCUUUUAUUUCCAAAUGCUCUAUGGGAGAAAGAAAUGAAUUCUCCAAAGUGGGGGAAGAGUCUGUAUUUUGUUAUGUGUGUUUUAAUGCCUUUUCUUUUAAAUUUGUACAUCCAUAAUAUAUGCACCAAGCACUCUGCCUUGUGCCCUUUUAUUAUUUCUGGAGAGGUGUCACUGAGCUGCAGAGAUCCUGAGUAUGAUGUGCACAGACAGUGAUAUCCAUAAGCCUCUUUGAUGUUUUUUUUUUCUUUCUUUUUUCUUUUCUUUUCUUUUUUUUUUAACUGAACUUUGCUGUCUUUGCACAGCUUCUAUGAACUGUACACUAUUUUGUACAUAUGUUUUGUAUGGAUAUUUUAUACCAAGGUUAUUAUGAAUGCUAUAAAGCACUAGAUAGAUAUCUCUCCCUCUCUCGCUCUCAUUUUUUUCCAAUGGUUUUUCCAACUUUAAAAAGGUAGCUGUUUAAUCAUAUAACUUAUAAAGAAAUACUUAUUUUGUAUUUUACU